AUGCUGUUACCGGUUUGCUUGGCGACAAACGGAAAAAAGCCACUGGCGACGAAUGGCACGCUGGCCAGGUGUUCUCUGACCGUGUGGACCCUGGUGCUGCUGCUGCUGCACUGCUCCCUAGCUGCCGAAGUGGCCAAACCCUCAGACAGUCUGGGAGCCUCCAGGGAGAUUGAACCCGGUCCUGCAGAUGCUACUGGAGGAGCGGGUUCCAACGCCCGGGCCGAAGCCGGCACGGAGGAGUGGAAGCCGGGUGUCGGCGCGGGGGCCGUCACGCCGGCCCGGCCCAGGGAACCAGCCGCCCUCUCCCCCCGGGGCCACGCCCCGCCCCGGGGGGAGAGGGGUCCGGAGGGGAGGGCUGCCUUCAUGCUGGUGGACCCCCUCGCGGGGCCGCUGUCGGCCGGGGGCCUGCCGCUGGGACUGCUGUCUAAAGCCGCCUGGGCCAGAAGCUCCUCGUCGAUGCCCUCCAAGACGCCCAAGCCCAAGGCCGCGUCCCAGCCUUCGUCCUCCGCCGCGGCGCGCGCCGCCAGCCGGGAGAACCAAACGGCCGCCACGCAAACGCUGUCCCCGGGCGCCAGCAGCGCCAACCUGUCCAGCAGCAACCCCAGCUCCGACGCGGAGGAGCCAAUGAGCAGCCUCCCCGCCUGGGACCUGCCCACCAUCCCGGAGUCUCUGCUGUCCAACCUCGGCGACAACGACAUCACGCUGCCCGACAACAUCACCAGCCCCUUCUCCACCCACCAGUGGAACACCACCGCCGCCGGGCGCCCUGGGAACAGCUCCAAGCAGAGCCCCACCUCCCCCACCCCCACCUCCUCCACCCCCACCACCUCCCCCACCACCCCCACCUCCUCCACCUCCACCUCCACCUCCAGGAUGCACCUGACUCCGCCUCUCGCUGUCACCACCACGGCCGCACCACCGCCUCCCUCCACCGGGGGCACCACCCUGCGGGCCCCGCUGGCGUCCCCCACGGCCCCGGGGCCCCGGCACACGGGGGCCGCCGGCAGCCGCCAGCCGACCUCGGUAACCGCGGCGACGCCUCCUCCUCUGACGACGCCCCCACCCGCUGCGAACGGGUCACGGGGCGCCGUGGCGGGAACGGGCGGGCCGGCCCCGACGUCUGCCCCCCCCGCCGCCGUGAGCACGCAGCGGGCCCCCGCCGGCCCCCCUGCCUCGGAGGAGGCCCCCCCCGCCGGACCGGCAGCCUCCCCGACCAGCCCCGUUACCGUGACGACCACCACGGCCGCCAUGGCGACCUCCCCCCCAACCACCACCGCCGCUACAACCACCACCACGCCUCCAACCACCACUGCUCCCCCCCCCACCACCACCGCCACCCCCACCACUACCACCGCCGCCCCCACCACCACCACCACCACCGCCCCCACCACCACCACCACCACCGCCCCCACCACCACCACCACCGCCGCCACAACGACCACACCUGCGCCAACGACGACCAGUACGACCACCACCACCACCGCCGCUGCUACGACCAGCACCACCAGCAGAACCACCACCACCGCAAAGACACGCACCACCGCCGCCGCCGCCGCCGCCGCCGCCGUCCCGGAGCGGACCACGCCGGCUCUGCCCACCACCACGGAGCCUCCGCCCAGCUCCACCUCCGAGGAAGGGGCGCUGCCCUGCAACAUCACCGAGAAGUACUGGCUCAAAACGGUGCUGUCCAUCCAGUUGCGCCGGAACCGCCUCGAUCUGAUCCUGAAGCAGAAUCUGGCCAAAGGGCUGAGCCACGCCCUGCAGCGAGCGCUCAACGACACCAACGCUAGUGCUCAGAUGGAGCAGGACGCCUGCAGCCCCUACAACGUCACGCUGGCCUACUACGUCACCAGCGGGAAAACCAUCUACAUCGCCUCGCUGGUGGUGGAGGCCCUGAACGUUUACGGCUUUGACAAGCUGCUGUCGGACAUCAGGCAGCACACCCCGUUGGUCAAGGCCGUUCUGGUUCCGGUGGCCACAUGGCUGCCGGCCCCCAGUGUACAUCUGCAGCUGAAAACAGUGCUGCGCUUCAUCGGCCCCACGGACAACGUCUACUCCUGCAGCUUCGUGCAGAUGCUGGAGCAGCGGCUGGAGAACGCCUUCGACGAGGCCCAGGACAAAGUGCUGGAGACCUACAGCCGGCUCACCGUGGAGAUCCAGAGUGUGUCCCAGGUCCCGGCCUCCCCCUCCGUGGCGGUGGUGUACGUGGUGCGGAACCAGGACGCCUUGCUCAACGGCACCAUCUCCAGCGGCCUCCUCAACCAGCUGACCGCCGAGCUGGUGGGCUACUUCCUCUUCUACCCCCCCCUUCUCAUUGCCGAGCCCCUAGAAUACCACAACCUGAACACGUCCGCGGCGACAAAGAGCUAUUGGGUGAUCACAGUGAUCCAGGACGUGGACACUGGUUCCCUGGAGACCAGCUACCAGAGCUUCGCCAGCCUGAUGGAGCAGCGUCUGGCCGAGCUCUUCCUGGUGGCGGGGCGUCAGGGCGCCCAGGUGGCCCGUGUCCGCAGGGCCUCCAGCGUGGGGGGAUACACCGUACAGAUGGUGAGCAUGCGUCGCCUGGCAGGACCCAAGGACCCAGCGGAGAUGACCUACUACGCCCAGCUCAACGGAGAGCCCAUCCUGGGCACGGCAGCCGCCAAGACCCUGAGCACCCUGGACUCCCAGACCAUGGCCCUGACCCUGGGCUACUUCGUACAAGUACAGGCCGAACCUGUGGUGAAGACUCCUCCCGGUAACCUGUGGCUGCUGGCCGUGAUGACCCCCGUAGUGCUGCUGUUGGUGGUGUUGGGCAUGGUGGCCUUCAUCCUCUGCAAGAGGAACCGGGUCAUCUUCAAGACCAGCGCCUUCAGGACCUUCAAGACCCGCUCCAAGACCUCGUAUCGAAGGGAAGGCAGUUACCACCAUCAGCCAGUCCAAGGCUUUGACUACGCCAAGAAGCACAUUGGUCGGCCCGGGGAUGAAACCACCUCUGUUACCAAGGAAACGCUGUUGCUGGCCCUCCCGGCGCGGGACGCUCCACUGUCAUUGGAGAGGAAGGCCUACCAGGAUGGGACAGCCAAUAAGAGGCCUUCGUCCACUGACAUGCACAAAGGAGGGCGGUUGCCGAGCGAGGAGGGCGGCUCCAUGUCGAGCGACGGCUCCGGGAAGCUGAACACGGGGAAGUCGUCAUCGACGCGCAGGACCCUGACAGCGGGCAGCGUGGUCGGCAGCAGUAUCAAGACGAAUGGCAAGGAGGAGCUCCACAAGAGAGGCAAUAACGAUCCUUACGAGGACCACUCCGGCUCGCUGCGUCUGAUCACCAUCAAGCCCAUGACAGCCCAGCCCACCUACUCCUACCCCUCCUCCUCCUCCCACAGCCAGGACUCAGUGGUCGUCAACGGGGAGUCCAACCACAGCGGGCUGAAGCAGAAGUCUGACAUCGAGCACUACAGGAACAAGCUCCGUCAGAAGGCGCGGAGGAAGGGCUACGGGGAGUUCUCACUCUCCGGCAGCGGCAGCCACGCCCACGGCCAGCGGGACGCCCGGCACGGUCGCCACGACAACGGGCUCAAGGAGCCGAUGACGGCGGAGGAGAAACGAGCCUCCUUUGCCGGAUGCCAUAAAGGGUACUCCCAGCGCGAGCCGGCCUACUGGAGCCGGCAGUCCCUGAGCAGCUCCAGCCCGCUGGAGACGGAGAUGGACCUGCUGCUGCUGCGGGAGCGCUCGCGCAGGGGCAUCCGCAACAACGGCUACGACGCGGAGGCAGAGCCCUUCGAGGAGACCAACGUGGACCGCCUCAUGACCUCGCUGGGCUUCGGCGGCGGCGGAACGGGCAGCACCAGGAACGGCAGCCUGGGGGUCAAGGGUCACCGCGGCUCAGACUCCUCCACACUCAGCUCCCAGCCCUCCAUCGACGAGGUCCGCUCGCAGAUGCACAUGUUGCUAGGCAACGCCUUCAGCCUAGGCCCCCCGGACCACGACCCCCCGUCGCCGCCGACGACGAGCAGCCACCAUCGCUACAACCCCCACGCCCACACCGCCUACAACCCGGCCCACAGCGCCCCCUACUGCGGGGGGGUGACCAGCGCCCCCGGCACCAUGAACCUGCCCUGCGGGGGGCGCCAGAGGAGCGCGCCCGGCUAUGGGGACAUGCACCAAUGUAGCCUGCCCAAACCGGGGUUCAGGUUCACCCAGCUCCCCGACAUGGGCGUCGGACCCCCCCCCCCACUGAUCCCCUCGCGGCCCGGCCCCCCCCCGGGAACCUCUGUGAGGCGAUCCACUCCAGAUGUGAGUUUGAAACCCCGCCUGGCUGAGACCCCUGAGCAGCACAACGGGGGCCCCUACCCCCCGCCCUCCCGCACCCCCUUUCCUGCUGUCACCGUGGACCAGUCCAUCAGCAGCUACUCAGGGAACCCGAUGACCGCCGUCUACGCCAUCUCCGCCAACCGCCCGGGCUACUCGGACUACUACGUCAUGUCCCCGCCCGCCUCCUACCGCAGUCCCUCCUGGAUGUCCUACCCGCCCGAGCAGGAGGACCUGCCCCGCCAGUGGAGCGACACCCCCAACUCCCGCCACCUGGAGACGAUCUGCUGA